AUGAAGCAUGUCCCUGGCCAUGCAUCUGUCGAUGUCUGCUAUAUCGACCAGGGUCAGGAGCGCUUUACCUCGAUCGCCCGGUGCGCUGAAGGAACUGAGGUGGUGGCCUCCAGCUCGAGUGCGGCUGUCCGGGAUUACGAGGACAAGUUGAAGGCCAUCGAGCUGCAGCGUCGUGGAGUGGAGAAGGCGGCGGUAGCUUCCAAGCUUGGCCGAUCUGAGAAGUGGGUGCAAAAAUGGUGGAAGCAGGAGCCCCGGCUGCUUCAGCGACCGCACGGGGCACAGGACAGGGUGUUCCAGCAGACGCCCCUUGAGGGCUUCAGGGACCUGGAGAUCAUGCGGAAGUUUGCACCCGACGCGGAGCUCUUCGAGACCCUCGUCAAGAAGGUGCCCUGGAGGCAGGGGAGAGUGAUGAUGCGAGACCAAGAGACGGGUGACCUGGUGCUCCGCUUUGACCAUAGAGGCCAUACCAUCCCGGCGUCGCGCAUGGUGGCAGAUCGGCCACAUGACAUCCCGGAGCUUGACCGGCUGCUUCAGCGUGCUGCUGCCAAGGCCAACAUCCGAGACCCAGCAGCUAGGGUGGUCCUCAAUUUGUACAGGGAUGGCACAAAGCAGCUAAACUCACACCGGCACGACUAUUGGACUUGCUUGAUCUCGCUGGGUGCUCCAAGGGUUCUCUUGGUGGAUAACCGGCCACAGAUCUUGGAGCAUGGAGACAUGAUUGUCUUCGGGACGCAGAUGCAUGGAGUUCCAAGCAUGCCUAGUUUGAUGGAGGGCCGAAUCUCCAUUGUCAUCUUCUUCCAUCCGGACCAGGACAAUUUGGAGCGCCGCUGGCUGACUGUGACCAGUGAGAGCGCAGACAUCAAAAGCUCACCUGCAGAUUGUCACAGCACUCUCACGGACAUGCGAGAUGCGACGGCGCUGCGGCGCGCCAACUGGCGGCCGACAAACGCAGAGCUGCAGUUCAUGGAGUAUCCGGAACUGCCAGCCACAACUGCAUCUUGGAAGUACUUAGCCAGGGCUGCGGUGUGGUCCGUGGGUUGCGCCGGCGUUUCUGAGACGCAGCUCCUGGCCGAGCUGGUGCCUCGUGGCGUGGAGUGGCUCUGGGACCUACGGCUGGGAAGGGCGCUGCCGCUGUCCGAGCACCUUCGCGCCGCCUGCCGGGGCCGUCUUCGUUUUCGCUCCUGGCCCUUGGGAGCUGCGCCGGCCGGCGGCCUCGCGAAGCAUCUCUUCCAGACCGAGGAGGGCAAGACUUUCGUCUACCGGCUGCUGCGGGAUGGGCAGCGGGCGCGGAUUUGCAUCGCAGGCACUGCGGCGGAUUGGCGCCAGGAUGACACUCGUCUGGCAGUGGGAUUUGCCGUGGAUACUGGGCAGCAUUUACUUACCGACGAGCGCCGUCUGCCGAAUCUAUUGAGUGUUGCCUGCGCCAAGGUGGCGGCUGGAUCGAAGAUGCUGCAUCUCAAUCUUGCAGGGUCACCUGCAGAAGAAUGGCAUCCAGCUGACCUUUCUCUUCCGUCUCAUCUGCAAGCAACAGGUGGACUUACAGGGUGCCAGUAUCCGGGGGACAACAAGAGCGAGGUGAUCCGGGUCCCAGCAUCAAUAGAGCCCAUAGAGAUCAGAGAUCGCGAUGGGCUUGCGGAGGCGGAGCCCAAAGAGGGCGCGAAGGGCUCCAAGCAUGAACUUGCGAGACCCCGCCGCUGGAACAGGUCUCGGGUCGGAACAGGAUGA